AUGAAGAUCAAUUUCAAAGAACCCAGGAUUUAACAAGCUCACUUUCAAAUAGAAAAUCUCCUUUAAUAGCAUAUCACAACCAGUGAAAAAAAGUAAAAUCGAAGUUAGCCAGAGAAAAUACAACAGGAGGAGCUUUCGAUUUUAUCAUCGGAUAAAAGUAAGAAACUAGAAAGCUGUGAUGUCAGCUUCUCUCUAAACGAAAUAAAUCAAAGUUGCUUCUAAAUUAAUACAUUAGAUCUACAGCAAACUAAUCAACUUCUCUAACCAAUGAGAAAUAUAUAGCUAGAUUAGGUUAACCCGAGAAACGGUAGAAGAGGCCAUACUGACGAAGAUCAAUGGCUACUUGAUUCACUUAACAUUAUUAAAACAGUGGAUAGUUAGUAUUUUUCUUAACCAAGAGUUAAAGCUGCUGCUAAUUUAUACAAUACCUCACUCACAGUAGAUGAUGCAUGCUUUGGAGAUUUGGAAAAUAGAAAUAGUUUAACAACAGAUACUAAAUUUAUAAAGCAGGUUAAUCAGGCAAUAGAUUAUUUUCAAAACACAGAAAAUAGGCCAGUAAUUCAAGGUUAAAGGAAAAAAAAUAACCAAAGAUAGAGUUUUAGUAUUUAUUUAAGUAUGGAUAAGCCAAGACUCGUUGAUGAAGUUGAAAAACUAAAUCAAAAACUAAAGCAGAAUAAAAGCAAAAACCAAGCUACCUUAUCAGAAAUGCAAAGACAUAUAAGUCACUUAGCAAAUGAUAAAAUGUGUUUGAUUAGAGAUUUGAAUGAAGCAAAGAUAUAGUUAAAAGAGGCUGAGAUUAAACUUUCACACUUUUCUGAGAUGUAUUGCAAUGAAAAAGUUGAAAAAGAUCAAAUUAUACAAGCAUUUCAGCAGUAUCUUUUAAACCAAUAACUUUAGGAACCAAAAGUCAAUGUAAAUAAUCUGGUUAAAUAUUAAUUAUAGGAAAUCAGAUGUCCACAUGAGAGUGUAAAUAUAAGCACUAAUUAUUAAUCAGCUCCAGUUUCAAAUAAGAAAAGUAAACCUAACAGAGAAGUCUAUUCAAAUCCAACAUCUAACAGACAACAUUACAUUAACAAUAAAGAAAAAGGAAACUAGAUGAGUUUUAAUAACAGUAUGGUAAACCCAAACAAAAGUUCCUUAAACUAUUACUCGGCCAAUAAUCCUAAAUACAACUACUACCCGCAAUCAUAGUAGUUCUAUUCACACUAGCAUACUAGACAUACUUCACCUGUAAAUGAUAGUGAUAUCGAGUAAAAUAUAAAGAACACUUAGAGUAACGAGAGUGUUGGGUAUGGAUACUAAAGUCACAUUAAUUAGUUCAUAACCAAAGAUCAAAUGGACAAAACCUUUGAUAAAAGCAAUAGUCAUUUAAGAUACUCUUUUUAGAAUCCAAUGAUAGAUCCUUCUUAGGCUACUCCUCAAGCUAGAAUCAAUCUAUCAGGUGACUAUACCAGCAGUGUGAAAAAGAAGAAACAGCAUUACCCAGUCAAUAUUAAAUCAUAAGCUUUAGAAGAGAGAUUUGAAAGUAUUUAGACAAUGAUUCAGACUCAAAGAAUAAAAAAGAACAAUAAUAAUCCUAAUCAAAGCGGUACUAAGAAAAACCAGGAAAUGAAAUUGGGAAAUAAAACAUUAAGCAAUCUUAUCAAGGCGACUCUGUCUUCAUUUGGCAGGAAAUAAACCACAACAGAUACAUCGACUAUAGCUUAAAAUCCUUACUCGUCACAGAGUGAUAUAUGA